UGCCGCCGCCUGUUCUUCCAGCAGCCAUGAGCAAAAAGACGCAAGUCUCGUACGUGCCGCCGGCCGAGCCCGCCUUCCUGAGCCGCCUCAAGAGGGAGGUCGGGUAUCGGGAGGGGCCCACGGUGGAGACCAAGAGAGAGCAGCUCCUGGCUCCUGAGGAAGAUGGUGAGAGUGGCAGUGACAAAGAAGAUGAACAACCACAAGUGGUAGUACUGAAAAAAGGGGACCUGACCCCAGAAGAAGUGAUGAAAAUUAAACAGGAGAUCAAAAAUGCUUCAAAAUCAGAUGAAGAACCAGACCCUGAUGAUGGAAAAAUUGUGUUCAAGAAGCCAAGUAAGCGUUCAUCCGAAGAGAAAUUUUCGGGCCUGACUGCAAGUUCAAGUAAGAAGAAAAAAGAAUCAAAGAAAACUAAGAGGGACUCAACACCCCCUCAGAAUGCAGCUAAACAAAUUAAAAAUAGCAGCCUUCUCUCAUUUGAUGAUGAAGAAGAUGAUGAUGAUUAGGAGUUGUGCAUGGUUUUAUGUUUUGCAUACUUUCCCUUACAACCAUUAGAGCAAAAAUGAGGGGCCUCUUUUAGGUGGAGACUUAGGGCCUGCUUCUCCUUUUACUCUGGGGUAAAUCCACUGAUGUCAGAGGAAGAUCGUAUAAAACUGGUGUGAGGUGAGAGUCAAGCCCUAAUUUUUCAGUUCAGAUGGUACUGCAUGCACAGUAUUUUGGACUGUAUUUUUAAAAGAGAACUUGAAUGUGUGUGCAAAAUAAAAUCCAUACAAAUGGCUGUUUAAGAUCCCAUAUAUUAGCAAAAUACUUGUGUACAUGUAAAACUUAUGAAUACAUUUGCAAACAAAAUAUUUUAAAAUCAUUUCCCCCAUGUAAAUUUUUUUUUCUGUUUACUGAGUGGCCAAAGACCUGAGUUAAUAGUUGUAUAUUUUUGUCCUGUUGAAGUUGACCUCCCUAACAGUCAAAACAGUUUAAAGACUUGGGGGCUAAAAUCUUUGACCUUUACUCAGGUACAACUUGACAUUUUUUCCCCUAUAUGUAUGGAUGGAAUGAUUGGGUCUGUGUCUUGUAGUCCUUAUGUGUAUGACUCAGCACCUAGUAAAGCCAUGGGAAUUUUGAUUGCUGCCGUCUGUGGAUGCAGAUGAAGCCUGUAAGCGCUGACUUCAGUGAAACUGCUCUGUGAUUAAGGGUUACAGGAUUGGAUCCUUAGUGAUUUGCAUCAGAUCUUGCACAGGAAAGAAAUCUCUGAACUGUGAAUUUGGAGAUUAUGUAGGGAAAGCCAUUUAGUCCAUUUUGGAUACCAUGGUGAUGGGCUAUGUAUUAAAAAACUGGAUAGAAAGUCUUUUUAUUUGUAAUUAUGUCUAUGUAUUCGUGAUUAUUUGGGAUCUGACAGCUUGUAAAAUAUUUCAUUUCACCUUUAAGCUAUAGAAAACUGUUUGUUUAGAGUAGAAACAUUGUAAGCAGGAACUGUUGGGGAAAGCUGCAGGUUUUACAGUAUGAGAUAAAAUAAGUCAUGAAGUUGUGUAGCUGGGACAAUAUCUAAUUUGUCAACUCUUCUGCUGUCACACAUAGCAGAUGAAAGUGACCAUUCUUAAAUGGUGUACACAAAAAGAGAUUCAAGAUAACAUUGAGAGCUGAUGUGGUUUCCAACAACAACAACAAUCCGACUGAAAAUACUAUGUCCUUUGAAACUGUUUGGACAUAUUGUAUGUUCUGUAAUUAUAUGUAACCAGGAGCUGAUAAUAGACUGCUGCAAAAUUAUAGGAAAAGAGAUCAGGAACCCAUUUCCUUGCUUAUGUGACAGAACAUGUGAAAUGAAUGGGAAUGCAAAGCUUCAUUAAGGAGCUGAUCUAAAGUUGCUGUGUGAGACAGCUAUUUUUAGUUUAACUCUGUUAAUAUUGGUAUUAAAACAUUAAGUGUGUGGUAAAGAA